AGGCCAUAAAAGACCUUAGACUGUAAGAGCGGUAUUGCCAUAACGAUGACUAACAAGUUUUCAUUUCAUAACUAAUCAAGUAAACGAACCAUAUCAGACUGACAAAUAUACUUUAAUGAAUCUGAAGAAAGCCAACCUAUGUUAACGCUACGGUUCAACAAGUUUCCUUAGCAACCCACUGAUAUAACUACUAAGCAACCACACCACUAGGUUUCCAUAACAACGCUGAUCUGUACACAAACAGAAAUUCAAUUUGCUCUGUCCUGUUACCUCUCCUAAGCUACAUUUACAUCCAUUUUUAUUUACACUUCAUUCGGAACUUCCAAAGCUGGAGAGGAGUUUGGAAUGGAUUUGGAAAGACCAGCAACAGGUAGGAGUGGUGACCGUCCAGUUACUCGAUGGAGAAGAGACCAGGAAGACUUACCCAGACCACAGAGUCGAAUCGAAAGACCAUCAUCUAGAAGAGGAGCAAAGAUGGAAAGCCAGGAACUUACACCCUCCGGAGGAUAUGUUUCAGCAACAACCGCAACCCCUGGUUAUAGUAUAAUCGGCAGACCACCUUCUGCAUCUGCAUUUUCGUCCAGGAUACUCAGUGCUACUACUUCUCGGGUUGGGGUUACUACUGGAAACACGUAUGCGGGACAAGGGCAAACUUCAGGACGGCUUGGUAUAGGACUACCUCUUGCACAGGUCAAUGUAUUGGACAGACCCAUCACGCAACAAGGAAUUGCUGGUCUUUCUCCUGGAGCUAAUAGGGGGCUUCCUAUGACAAGGCAAGUCCAGGAUCGGCGAUACUAUGAAGGGUUAUUACAAUUGAAAAUACGCGAACUUACACAAGAAAUUGCGGUGAUUGCAAGACAGGUAGAUAGUCAAAGUAGAGAAAGAGCAACUUUUCUUCAUUACGAUAAACGGGCGAAAGAACUGGCUGCAGAAUUAACAGAUCUACAGGGACAGCUAGCAGACUAUAAUGUUGUUGUUGAUAAAAUGACACUAGAUCCUGACAAACAGUCCAUUGAAAAUGAGGCCAGCUCUUUGGCGAUGAAUAAUGAACAGACAAUGGCAGAGAUAGAAAACUUAUUCAAGCAUCGCCAGCAGAAGGAACAGGAGCUACGUGCUACAGAGAGGGAAGUACAUUCUGAAAAAAGUAAUACCGGAAGAGUAAUCGAAAAAAUGAAUGCCGAGCAACACAAUCAGUAUGAUGAUUUGAAGAAUCAAAAGUUAGAACUUCAGUCUAUAGUUGAUACAAUGCAGACUGAGUUGGACGAGCUUUCAGCAGACAAAACGAACAUGGAAGAACAGAUUGUCCUUUCGCAAGUUAAGCAAGAAGCUGUAAGCCUCCUUGUAAAAAUCUCAGAAGUGGAGGGAAAACGGGAUAGAUUGAGGGAGGAAGAAAAAAACCGUUUAUCACCGGAAGAAGAGCGCAUUCAACUUCUUGCCAAGGUAAAACAAGAUAAUGCGGAUAUUGCUGCAGCUGAAAAACAGAUGUCUGAACUGAAAGGACGUAUAUCCGAAGCUGAGCAAGAGCUGGAACAACUGGAGACAGAUCUGGAGGAGAGACAGUCAGCAAGGCAUAUGAAAUACAAAGAGAUGCGCAAACGAGAAGAAGCAAUGGAACAAUUCAUGGCAACUUUUGAUCGUAGCAAGGAGGACGAAUUAGAGAGAUUGGAUACGUUAGAGUCAAAAGUCGUUGAUUAUUUGAAACAAAUCUCUAACAGUACAUCGAGUAAUUUUCAUCUAACUGCUGGGGAUGAGAUGGAAAUAUUGAGUGUCCAACAUGUACUUAGUGAAGACCCAGAGCUAUUUGCUAACGAUGAUCAGAGUAUUGAAGGAUUGAAUAAUGAGCAUGUAAGGCUUCAACAAAGUCUGAUGAGAAUGGAAUCUUUGGAGGAAAGGUUGCAGGUUGAACUGAAUGAGCUGCAUGAAAAAAUCAAGAGAAAGCAGAGUGAACUUCUCGUGUUUGAAGAUUUGGACGGGUUGAAAGCUAGGUUUGAGCUGAAACGCGAAGAAAUGGCAGCGGAAUAUGCGAAACUCAAAGAACGAGAGCCAUUGAGCAAGCAGGAAUUGCUGGCACUACAUAAAGAUCAUGAGUGCAUCAAGGCGCAGUUGGAUAAAAACGACACGUACCUACAGAUAUAUUCUUUAGAAAAAAAACUUGAAAAACUAAAACAGAGUAAUGAAUCAAUGGAGAAAUUUAUCUCUGAACAACGAGCUCGAAUUGAUUACAGUACAAUCAAACGGGAAGCACUAAAACUGGUCGGCUACUAUAAUACUGUUCUCAGGGGAGGUGUUGGAUCGAUAUAUUAGAUGACGUGUUUCCGUAUGAACUUUUUAGUUGUCUUUUUCAUCUCGUAAUAUCAUUAUCCCUUGUCUUUUAAUAUGUUCAACUGCAGAUCAGAUGAAAAUAGAACCCCCUGCACAUCGAGCAACGCUCAUUAACUUUUUAAUAAACGCGAUAUAUGAAUGCACUGAAACAGGUAUUGCGGGAAUCACCCACAAGUGGUCCCAUAGCAGAUCUUUUUGAGGAUUUCUUCGUUUUUCAGUCAAUGGCUAAAAUGUACCUUGACUGGAGAAUUUGACACAAUAUCCUUGGCAACUAAAGAGGUGGAAUUUUUUAAUUACGACACCAUAGCGAUUGGGUGUAGAUCUUUUUUAUUUAUAUAAUUGUACCAUCAAUGGUAACAUAAUUUCAUAAUAAUAGUCAAUAUUUUUAUUCAAUUCAAUCGUAAGUAUAUAUCUCUGUCUCUAUUAUACGAUAGGUAUGAGUACACUCUACUAGUUAUGGAUGUAAGGUGUUUCACAGUAUUGACUAUUCACUAUAAUAAAUUCAGAUUACUAAAAGAUCAGUAUAUCUAAAAAUUAUCAUAUUAUCGUAUUACCUAUACUUAAUCUCUGUAUAUUCUGCGAUAAUAUUCAUUCGCUUGUUUAAUGAAUUAACACGAUAAUUAAGUAUUGUAUAUGUGUAUAUGUAUGAUAGAACCGUGUAUUAUUUAUAGUUUAUAACGAUUCGAGUGUCCCGUGCGAUUCACAUGGUAAGAAUAAUAAUAAUUGAUAAUAAUAGUAUUCUUGUCAGGUCAGUAAGAGUGGCAGUGCCACUGAUAACUGAUGAUGACGAUUACAAUGGCAAUUUCAAUAAUAAUGAGAACAACAACAACCAAAAUUAUGACAAUAAUAAUAACAAUAAUAAUAGUGACGAUUGAUUCGCUUCGGGACACAUUUAAUCGUAUCGCUCAUGUGUGUAUUGUUAUCAGAUAUAAGACGUGGAGGUGUAUGUUUAGGUAAGUCACGCCGAACUGCAAGUAGGAGAAAUGUAAGUUUCUCAUUUUGGAUUAGAAAUUCCAAUGCUUCAUAGAUUUGAUUUGUUUCACUUUUAGCUUCUUCUGUUGUACCGGGAUGAGAUUAGUUUAAUUUUCACAAUAUAAUAUUUGUAAAUGCAGUUCAUGUGGAGGUACCUACAGUUAUACGCAUAAGAAUUAUUUGACACAUAUUAUUGAGGUUUCGAGCUAUUUUAUCGCUGCUUACAAUUAGCUCGCGUCUCACAGCCUAGAGGUGAUUUGAAAUGUAUCCAAAUUGCAUGUUAUUUUAUCGUUUCAUAUAAUAUACUGUGAUAACAUAACUCAUUCAGACGCCAUACGCGAUAUCAUAUAGAGCUACUGUAAUCUGCCAGUAAAUGCAUUACGUUGGUAUUGUUUUUUUUCUUUUUCUCUUUUGAUUUCUGUUUUCAUAUCUUGUCAUAUCUUUCUUCGCACGAAUAUCGUAUAUCAUAUCGCACGCUCAUUUUCAAUCAAUUUACAUGUACAUAUACUCUGUCUGUCUCUUUCUUUUCCCUGCGUGGUUGUCGAUAUUGUAUCGUGGGUAUUCUUGUGCAUAUGAGAAACAAGAUCACAAUUACGUAGAUUAUCUGUAUUAAAAUCAAAAUAAACCAUUAACGCAGCUGAGUCGAAGUUUGUUUUUUUUUAUAUGAUAUAUAUGCGGUUAUGAUAAACUAUAAUUAAUUCAGCGCAA